AUGCAACGUGCAGCGAUGAUGUUGAGUUUGACUGUGGUUCUGCUGGGGACGUGGACCUUGGGGAGAGCCCAGGAGAACAUCAUCUGGGAGGUCCAGCGCUAUGAUGGCUGGUACAACAACCUUCUGCACCACAGCCGUGGCUCUGUGGGUGCCCAGCUGCGGCGUCUCCUGCCGGCCAACUUUGCCGACGGCGUGUACCAGGCACUGCAGGAGCCCCGCGUGCCCAACGCUCGCCAGCUCAGCACCGCAGUGGCACAAGGCCCCUCCGGGCUGCCCUCACACAGGAACACCACCGUGCUGGCUGUCUUCUUUGGUUUCCAUGUGCUCUUGGACAUCCUGGAGACGGAGAAACCCGGCUGCCCUGCUGAGUUUCUCAACAUCUACAUCCCCCCCGGAGACCCAGUGUUUGACCCUGCUGGCACUGGAGAUGUGGUCCUGCCCUUCCAGCGCAUCCGCUGGGCUGUGGAGACGGGGCAGAGCCCCAACAGCCCCCGGGAACAGACCAACGGGGUGACGGGCUGGCUGGACGGCAGCUCCAUCUACGGCCCCUCGCAUUCCUGGAGCGACGCCCUGAGGAGCUUCUCCGGGGGACAGUUGGCGUCGGGGCCUGUCAGACGCCUCCCGAGGCAGACAGACGGGAGGGUCCCCAUGUGGAAGGCGAUCGAUCCAUCCACGGGACAGGGUGGUCUCGAAGGCAUCUACGACCUGGGAAGUGCCUGGGGGAAUGAGAACCCCUUCCUGCAGGCUGAGAGCAUCGCCUGGUUUCGGUACCACAACCAUCUGGCCACAGCACUAGCCCAGCAGCACCCCACCUGGUCUGAUGAGGAUCUCUUCCAGCACACUCGCAAGAGGGUCAUUGCUACUUUCCAGAGCAUCGUUCUGUAUGAGUGGCUGCCGACCCUGCUGGGGUCAGACAUCCCAGAGUACAAAGGUUACCAGCAGCACCUGGACCCCAGCCUCUCGCCAGAGUUCGUGGCAGCUGCAGCACAAUUCCUGGCCACCAUGGUGCCACCGGGCAUUUAUAAGAGAGACACCGAGUGCCGGUUCCAGAACGUGUCUGGCCCCAGUGGCUCAUUCCCAGCAGUGCGGCUCUGCAACAGCUACUGGAGCAGAGAGAGGCCAGGGCUGCAGCAGGCAGAGGAUGUGGACAACUUCCUGCUGGGGAUGAGCUCACAGAUUGCAGAGAGGGAGGACAACAUUGUCGUGGAAGAUCUCCAAGAUUACUGGUAUGGGCCCCUGAAGUACUCCCGCACUGACUAUGUGGCCAGCUGGAUCCAGCGAGGGCGAGACCUUGGCCUGCCAACCUAUAACCAAGCCCGGGAGCGAUUUGGGUUGAAACCUCUCCAGAACUGGUCAAACCUUGCACCACACCUGGAGCCACAGGUCCUGCAAAAGGUCGCUGCCCUGUAUGCCAAUGACAUGGCUGGGCUGGAGCUGCUCCCUGGAGGCAUGUUGGAGGCUGAUGGCUCCCUCUUCAGCACCAUCAUCCUGGAGCAGUUUGUGCGCCUGCGUGACAGCGACAGGUUUUGGUUCGAAAACACCAAGAAUGGGCUCUUCACAGAGGAGGAAAUCAGGGAGAUCCGUAACACCAGCUUUCACAACGUCCUGGCUGCCGUCACCUACGCCAACUCCACAGACAUCCAGACUCACGUGUUCACCUGGAGAAAUGGGGACCCGUGCCCCCAGCCCCAGCAGCUGACAGCUCAACACUUGGCCAACUGCACUCCCAUGGUGGUGCUGGACUACUUUGCAGGCAGCGGCGCAGGCUUUGGGAUCAUCAUCGUUGUCCUCUGCUGUCUGCCUUUGGUGACUCUCUUUGUUGCCUGGAUUGUUGCUGCUUUCCGCAAGAGAGAUUUCAAGAAGCUGCAGAAGCAGCAGAGCACCAGGGUGCGCACAAAGGUGACCGGCGAGGCCACACACGCCAUGGAGUGGCACGGCCCCAAGACAGACAGCUGUCCUGUCUACAUCCAGCUCCAAGCUGACAAAGUGCUCAAAGUGCUGGAUGGGAGAGGGUCUGUGAUGCGGAGCAUCAACCUGAAAGCCUACCAAAGGGUGGAGGUGAUCCUCUCCAACAACAAAGGGAACAAAGCUCUGCUCCUGAAGAGCCCCAAGGAGUACGACCUGGUGCUGCUCUUCUGUGAGGAGGCUGAGAGGAGCAGCUUUGUUGGGAAGCUACAAAACUACUUGAAUGAGAGUGGCCUCUACCUGCAUCUGUCUGAGACGAAGGAGCAGAACCUUAUGAAAUGGGCAGUCACUCAGGAGCAGAGAAAACAAAUUCUGGAGACUUUCUUCAGGCACCUGUUUGCUCAGGUGCUGGAAAUCGACAGGUCUGAUGCAGGAGAGCUCAACUUCAGAUCUUCACAGAAGGCAAGGGAGUCUCUGACGUGUGAGCUGAGCAGGACUGAGUUUGCCGAGGCCCUGGGGCUCAAGGCCCACUCCAUGUUUGUGGACUCCAUGUUCUCCCUGGCUGACAAAGAUGGCAACGGCUACAUCUCCUUCCGGGAGUUCCUGGACAUCUUGGUGGUCUUCAUGAAAGGGUCCCCAGAGGAGAAGUCCCAGGUGAUGUUCAGGAUGUAUGACAUCGAUGAGAAUGGGUUCCUCUCCAAGGAGGAGUUUCUGAGGAUGGUCAGGUCCUUCAUUGAGAUCUCCAACAAUUGCCUGUCAAGAGAACAGGCAGAGCAGGUGACUGAGUCCAUGUUUCGGGCCUCAGGGUUUCAGGACAGGGAUGAGCUGACGUGGGAGAAUUUCCACUACAUGCUGCGGGACCACAACAGCGAGCUUCGUCUCACCCACCUCUGUGUGAAAGGUGUCCCUGAGGUGUUCAAGCAAAACCUGCACAACUGUGUCUCCUUCAUAAAGAAAGAGCCAAAAGGAACCAUCUCAGAGGAGGAGAGAGACUCAAAUCUGGACACUGUGAGUCACUAUGUGGAACGAGAAGGGCAAGAGCUGAGGAAGAGACCAGGCAGAAAGGGGAACCAGUACCAGCUGCGCCUGUACACUGAGGCGCAGCGGAAGAGGUACGAGCGGAGCCGAGUUCAGCAGAAGAUCCAGGAGUUCAAGCGCUUCGUUGAGAAUUACCGGCGCCACAUCGUCUGCGUCAUCCUCUUCUCCGCCAUCACCGCCGGCGUGUUCGUGGAGAGAGCCUACUACUAUGCCUUUGCAUCCCCCAGCACUGGAAUCGCACAGACCACCUUUGUGGGGAUCAUCAUCUCCCGGGGAGCAGCUGCCUCCAUCUCCUUCCUGUACUCCUACAUCCUGCUUACCAUGUGCCGCAACCUCAUCACCGUCCUGCGGGAGACCUUCCUCAACCACUACAUCCCCUUCGAUGCCGCCGUCGAUUUCCACCGCUGGAUUGCCAUGGCAGCCCUGAUUUUCUCAGUGCUCCACACUGCAGGUCAUGUAGUGAAUGUCUAUAUCUUCUCAGUCACACCUCUCAGCGUGCUCUCCUGCCUCUUCUCCAAUGUCUUCACAAAUGAUGGGUCACAGCUCCCACAGAAGUAUUACUGGUGGUUCUUCCAGACUGUUCCAGGUAUGACAGGAGUGUUGCUGCUUGUGGUCCUUGCUGUGAUGUAUGUGUUCGCCACCUACCACUUUCGACGCGUCAGCUUCCAGGGCUUCUGGAUCACCCACCACCUCUAUGUGCUGCUCUAUGUCCUGGUCAUCAUCCAUGGCAGCUAUGCGCUGAUCCAGCAGCCCCGUUUCUACAUCUACUUCAUCGUCCCGGCUCUCAUCUACAGUGCGGACAAGCUGCUCAGCCUGAGCAGGAAGAAGGUGGAGAUCAGCGUGGUGAAAGCCGAGCUCCUGCCCUCAGGUGUCACCCACCUCCAGUUCCAGCGGCCGCAGGACUUUGACUACAAGUCCGGGCAGUGGGUGCGCAUCGCCUGCGUGGCCCUGGGCACCACGGAGUACCACCCCUUCACCCUCACCUCGGCGCCACACGAGGACACGCUGAGCCUGCACAUCCGUGCCGUGGGGCCCUGGACCACCCGCCUGCGGGAGCUCUACUCCCCAGAGAGCCUGGCCCUCAUCGGCAAGCUGCCCAAGCUCUACCUGGACGGGCCCUUCGGGGAGGGCCACCAGGAGUGGAACAAAUUUGAGGUGUCAGUGCUGGUGGGAGGAGGCAUUGGGGUGACACCCUUCGCAUCCAUCCUCAAGGACCUGGUCUUCAAGUCAUCCAUAAACUCCAAGCUGCUGUGUAAGAAGAUCUACUUCAUCUGGGUGACACGCACGCAGCGGCAGUUUGAGUGGCUGACAGACAUCAUCCGGGAGGUGGAAGAGUCCGACAGGAACAACUUGGUCUCUGUGCACAUCUACAUCACGCAGCUGGCCGAGAAGUUCGAUCUGCGCACCACCAUGCUGUACAUCUGCGAGCGGCACUUCCAGAAGGUGCUGAACAAGAGCCUGUUCACGGGGCUGCGCUCCAUCACCCACUUUGGGCGCCCUCCCUUUGUACCCUUCUUCAACUCGCUGCAGGAGGUGCACCCUGAGGUGCAGAAGAUUGGGGUGUUCAGCUGUGGCCCACCCGGGAUGACAAAGAGUGUGGAACAGGCUUGUCGGCAGAUGAACAAGAAGGACCAGACCUACUUUGCACAUCACUAUGAGAAUUUCUGA